AUGACGAACCGCACUGCCCUGGCAGACGCCCAGAUCUUUUGUAGGGACAACCCCAAGAACCCUCUGUGCGACGACGUCCCCAACUUCUACGAGUACCGUCUCGAUCUUGCGCCCAAUGCUGCCUUCCUAGGAAUAUUCGGCGCUUCUCUCAUCGCCUACACUGUCAUAUUGAUCGUUUCCCGGCGCGGCGUGGCGUUCAACAUAGCACUCCUGCUGGGACUCAUCUGCGAAGUAUUAGGCUAUCUGGGCAGGAUACUCAGCUGGCAUAACCCGUGGGACGAAAAUGGCUUCAUGAUUCAGAUUUGCUGUCUGACCAUUGGACCGGCCUUCAUGGCCGCAGGGUGUUAUUUAUGUCUGAGGAGGAUCGUGAGUGCCUUUGGUCCGGAGAAUUCACGACUUCCCCCCGAGUAUUAUACCCGAAUUUUCAUCCCCUGCGACGUCAUCUCCCUCAUCCUCCAAGCCGUAGGAGGUGCCCUCGCCGCUACCGCCGCUCACAGCCAUAACUCCGCUGAUCUCGGCUCAAACAUCAUGAUUGCAGGGCUAGCAUUCCAAGUCGCCACAAUGGUAGGCUUCAUCACCGCCUCCUCCGACUUUGCCUUCCGCACAUACCGUCGCUACAAGGCGCAAGGUUCUGCCGCGCUGUCCCAGGAUCCCGCGCUGGUCCGUAUGCGAAGCACCCUCCGGUUCAAGCUCUUCCUCGGGGCGUUGACGCUCGCCUCGGUGCUUAUCCUCUGGCGGAGUGCGUUUCGUGUGGCCGAGCUGAGUGGUGGGUGGACGGGGCCCAUCAUGGCUGACCAGGCUAUGUUCAUUGGCUUCGAGGGCAUUCUCAUCGUUGUGGCGGUGUAUGCGCUGAAUAUCUUCCAUCCGGGGAUUUGUGCCAAGGAAUUGUUUGAGAUGGGUGGUGGUGGGUUGACGGGGUGUUGGUGCGCGAGGAGGAAGAAGGGUGAGAAGGGUCAAGGGGAGAAGGGUUGGAGUGAUGGGGAGAGUAAGCCUGUUACGGCGGAUUCUUCUGUCUAUGCGUCUGCGUAG